AUAUUACACAGUACUAUGGGCAAAAGAAAACGAAAUCAAGGGCAGAACGCGGAAGAAGCAUCGUCAGUACCAUCAGUGAGUACUACGGCGUUCGUCAGACAAGUAACGUUUGAUGAAUCUUCAAAAGAACCCAGUGACUAUUACAUUGAACCGAGCGGUAGAGGUUUAAUAACAAGUCCAUCUAUUGGAACGUUAAAUAGAUUAGAACGGCAGAAAAUUGUUCUCUGGAAGAGGCCGUUUCAGACAAUUCACUAUGCUCUUCGUGAAAUAUUACAAUUAUUGAUCGAGUUCGUCUCUUACUUAUGGAUGCGUAAAGCUCGUAUAUUGUUCAUUUUAUUAUUGUGUGUUGUUGGGACAUAUAUUUGUCGUGCCCCCGGCGCUCAUCAAAGAUACAUUCAGAGUUGGAAAGUGAAAUUAUUACGAUGUCUGUAUUGGAUAGGUUUGGGUAUACUGUCAUCUGUUGGGCUUGGAACUGGUCUUCACACAUUUAUAUUAUAUCUUGGACCACAUAUAGCUUCAGUCACUGUGGCAGCUUACGAAUGUAAUUCACUGGAUUUUCCUGAGCCACCAUAUCCGGAAAGAAUUCUAUGUCCAAAUGUGGAAGGUAUCGUAGAGAAUGCAAUAGUGACCGUGUGGUCGAUAAUGUCAAAAGUACGUGUUGAAGCACUCAUGUGGGGAGCUGGUACAGCACUGGGAGAAUUACCACCUUACUUUAUGGCGAAGGCAGCGCGAAUUUCUGGUGAAGAGCCAGAUGAUGAGGAGUACAGGGAAUUUCUAGCCUACAUUAAUCGAAAUGGACCUGAAGCACCCACAUUUACCGAGAAAUGUAAAGAAGUGAUGGAGAAAGCAGUUACUAGACUUGGAUUCUUCGGCAUUCUUUCCUUCGCUUCAAUUCCGAAUCCGUUCUUCGAUUUAGCUGGUAUAACAUGUGGUCAUUUUCUAGUUCCUUUCUGGAAGUUCUUUUUGGCAACUCUCAUUGGAAAAGCCGUAUUCAAAAUGCAUCUUCAGAUGUUUUUUGUGGUGUUGGCUUUUAGUGAAAACACGGUGGAGCAUCUUCUAGUUCACUUGAAAACGGUUCCAGUAUUUGGUAUGCAAUUUCACCAGAAAUUAACGGAGUAUUUAGCAUUUCAGAAAAUCAAGCUUCAUAAAAGUGGAGUCGCGCAUGUUGAGGAUAGCACCAUGCUUCAGAAGGGUGCUUCAUUUAUUGUUACCUCUAUGAUAGUGUGGUUUUUACUGUCCAUAAUCAAUUCGUUGGCACAAAAUUGGCAUAAACGACUUUAUCUAUUACCGCAAAAUCAACGGAACUGGAAUGGUACGAAGAAAUUUCUGGAAAAAGUUGUCAAAAUUCUCUUGGAAUAUAUUAACGAGGAAAAUCAACGUGAAAAUAAAAUUUUGGACUUUCAUCAUCCAGCCGAAAUGCAAAAACUGAUCGACCUAAGUAUUCCGGAUAAUCCAUGUACUUUACAAGAGUUGCUUCAGGACUGUCGAGAGGUAUUGCGCUUGGGUGUUCGAACUGGACAUCCGCGCUUCUUUAAUCAAAUAUCAUGUGGACUUGAUCUGAUAUCAAUGGUUGGUGAAUGGCUCACUGCCACUGCUAACACUAAUAUGUUUACCUAUGAAAUUGCACCAGUAUUUAUCUUGAUGGAAAAAGAAGUAACGAAGAAAAUGGCUGAAUUGAUUGGUUGGCAGGAUAGCGAUGCUAUUUUUGCGCCCGGUGGCGCUAUUUCAAAUUUGUAUGCGAUGAAUGCCGCACGACACGCACGUUUUCCGAGAUGUAAACCGCUUGGGCAAAACGAUCUGCCAACUCUUUGCAUCUUCACUUCUGAGGAUAGUCAUUACUCAAUCAAGGGAGCAGCAGCCGUAAUGGGUAUUGGUACCGAUAACUGUUUUAAUAUUCCGACUGACCCGUCCGGACGAAUGAUACCUGAGGCAUUGGAACAACGCAUAAUACAAUGCAAAAAAUCUGGUAUGGAACCAUUUUUUGUCUGUGCAACAGCUGGAACAACAGUGUAUGGUGCAUGGGAUCCGAUACCACAAAUAGCAGAUAUAUGCGAUCGUCAUAAAUUAUGGCUUCACGUUGAUGUUCCAGUUGAAACAAAAAAAAAUUUACAGGCAGCUUGGGGUGGUGGCUUAUUGCUAUCACCGGAACAUCGUUAUAAAUUGUGCGGUAUAGAAAGAGCUAAUUCGGUCACUUGGAAUCCUCAUAAAUUGAUGGGCGCAUUGUUGCAAUGUAGUGCUUGUUUCAUUAAGCAAGAAGGCCUUUUGUUCCAAACAAAUCAGAUGUCAGCCGAUUACUUGUUUCAACAGGAUAAGCCUUACGAUGUUAGCUUUGACACUGGUGAUAAGGCGAUGCAGUGUGGUCGACACAAUGAUAUCUUCAAACUUUGGUUAAUGUGGAGGUCAAAGGGUAUGACGGGAUAUCGUCGGCAAAUCAAUCGACUGAUGGAUUUAGCAGCAUACUUUACAGCUCGAAUUCGAGAAACUGAAGGUUAUGAAUUAGUUGUUGAUCCGCCGGAAUUUUUGAAUAUCUGCUUUUGGUAUAUACCGCCAAGUCUUCGGAAUGUGGAAAAAACUGAACGAAAUGCUCGUCUGGAAAAGAUAGCACCAAAAAUUAAAGCAAAAAUGAUGGAACGUGGAACAACAAUGGUUGGUUAUCAGCCAGAUAAGCAAAGACCAAAUUUUUUCCGAAUGAUUGUUUCAAAUCAAGCAAUCACUAAAGAAGACCUUGAUUUUCUAAUUAAAGAGAUUAUAGCUAUUGGUAGUGAACUUUAA